UUCGAGGCGGCCGAUCGAGUAAUGUGCCCCGCUGCACCUUCACGGUUCAACGACGACAUUUAAAACGAGGAUACAGGAUACGUAAAAUUUAGAGGCACCAUACAAUGCUAUUCGUGUGAUGUACAAGAGAAAGAGUAACAGUAGCAGUAGUAGCAGCAGUAGCAGCAUGACGUUCAGGCUUCCCGCUCAAUUUGUUAUCCUUGCCCUUGUGGUAAGCUGCACGGCCCAAAUCUACGCAAACGAGACGUCACAGGGGUUAGAACUUUCCAAGGCGUUGAACGAGCCUUCCGAGAAAAAUGACUACAUAACCCAAACUGUUUAUGGUUUUCUCGACUUCACCACCACCAUCGCGAAUACGGUGAUGGUUUUUAGUCCGCAAAGUGCCCCGCCAGAGGGAUCUCGGGAGUCGAAAUCCGCGAGUUCUCCGGCCAUCGAAACAAAGCCAUCUAUGGAUAAGAACAAUUUGGAUAUACAACCAAGCAAAACGUAUAAAAGUGACGAGACAAAGAAGGAGGAAUCUCAAAUCGUUGUACACUCCGUCAUCGAGCAGAAUAUUGUCAACCAGUUGGACGAGUCGACCUCCAACGAGGCUACAGGGACGACGCGCUUGGAGAUCAUAACGACGAGCCCAGUCUUAUCGUCGGUAGUGGAGGUGCAUUCGAAGCCAGCCGACGUGCCCGGCGUGAAGAACAAUCUCGCCGAGCCUGAAUACGACUUCCUGUCCAAGCAACCGACCGAAAUUGUCGACGAAACGUAUAAGGUGAUAAAUCUGCGCCCAUCUUCCAAGUUGGCAAGCAUCGGAAGUCAAAAGUUACGAGCAUCAUCGCGUCGUGAUAAGGAAAAUCCCACGGGUCUGGUAACGCGUCUCGGCGGCACCAUCGUUAAGGAUGGUUUAACCACCGUCCACGAAACCAGUGUCAUUGGUACCUAUAUUAAUGGGAAGUAUGCCCAAGUGCUUCAGAGCUCUUCGCGGGUCCUUAAUACUCCUGGCCAAAUCGUCGGCGGCGCCGGAUUCGAAAACGCAGCUAAGAUAAGGCCCAAUGGCACUCAACGCAUCCUCAAGACUCUUGGACCCCAGCAGCAUGGCAAACUUAAGCAACAGCUGGAACCGACAGUUCCGAUUCAAACCGAAGAAUCCCAGAAUGAACCUCAGUCCGGUCUCGGAGGAGUACGACCCGGUCGUCGUCAACCAAGCAAUACUGUUCGACCCAAAUUUCGCAAUAAGAUCGUUGACGAGACCGAAAGUAACGAGAGCGGAGCUCAACAGAACCGGUCCUUAAACAAGAAUCGACCAUCCGGCGUUCGACUUAACUAUAAGAACAGAACCCAUCACCAAACGACAUCGACGACAGAGUCAUCCAAUGGAACGCGUCGACGUAGCGGUUUCCGUCCGUCAACACUCUGUCAAACUUCAUGGACCCGGUAUUCAGCCAGAACGAGUUCCGCGGCCAAAUCCAAAUUGCCACGCACCCAGGGUCGCUGGUCCUACAAAACAACGCCUAAGCCACGCAUCCAAAUUCGUAAGCAUAGUGACGACGAGCCCCGACAGCCGGGAUCUGUCGACGCCCAAGCCCAGCAACAAUUACAAGCUCUUUCGGCCUCUGGAACCGAGGAUGCCCCUUUGCCUCUGAACCAGCGUAAGCUCCAAGAGGGUGAGCUAGACGGAGAACUUGACGAAAGCGAGUCCGAAGACGUCAUUAACGUCAGCGUCCAGCAACAACAGCAGCAACAACAGCGACAGCUAGAGCCGCCUCAAAUGGCCGAGAAAAUCCUUCCCAUAGAGACCAUUAAUGUUGAGAUAUCGACACCCGCGGAUCUCAACGACAUAUACUUCGAGAUUGCAACCGUCAAGUCACCCUACGAGUUCCAGGUGGGUACUUCCCGUAACACCCGCUACGUAACGGUGACCUCGACACUGAAAAAGUCUUUCACGACAGUGGAGCCCUCGGGAUCCGUAUCUCUAAGCGAACCUCUCACAGAGAACAUCCUUGCAAACACGGGCGCAGCCUAUGAAACGAGUCUACCAUUGGACUCGUCGGUAGCCACCUUACCUGCCAUUGUCCUUGAGCCGAGUCAAGUGACUCCACCUCUCGAGACCAUUACUGAAACCUUCUCUACAAUGCAGACUCUCCUCAAGACUCACUUGUUGCCAAUUAUCACUAACGGUAGUACAACCACCCGACUGACCCUUGUCCAAACUUACAACGUUGCGCGGAUCGUCACCGCAACCAAAACCUUGCCGCCGCCCGAAAUUUAUCAGUUUGUUCCCAGCAAGACCCUCAAUGAGUUCAAUUCGAAGCUCGAUGAAGCCGGCAGUGAGCUCCAUCUCGAGCUCGAUUUUGGCGAUGACGAGCAUGACGACGAAGACAUACCCAAACGAAUCGUUGCUCCGAACACCGACCUCGAUGCCGACCUCGAUCCAUUCAAGACACAAACGACGACGACAAGACCCAAACUCGACCUCCUCGGCAGUCAACCGACUAGCGAACUCCCCAUGACUCCUGAACAAAUCCAGCAACUGGCUUUCAUCAAUCUUCUGGGACAGCAGCAAAAGCAGCAACAGAAACAACAGCAACAACAACAGCAACAGCAACAGCAACAACAGCAGCAGCAGCAACCUCAGGUGAUAGCAACUUCGAGACCAAUAGUAGUACUAGAGACAGUCUACGAGUCGCACGUAAUACCACUGGUGAAUGCCGGCAAUACUAUUUAUUCGACAUUGAGCCGAGCUGUUGCAACGAUACCACGCACUUCAUACGAAUACGGCACAUCGACGAUAUCACCGCUGCUGGCACAAGUACCCCAGGUACCACAAGUUCCCCAAGUGCCGCAGGUACCUCUAUUUCCACAAGCGCAGCCUCAAUUCACGGUGACGAGUGCUCCAAUCGUCCAGCAAACGGUCGCCACGGUCUCGGACUCGCGUGUGCUCAAGCUAACCUUCGGCGCCAAAACACGGCUUGUCCCGACCGAGCGCACGACCUACGUCACUUCCACGAUAGCGUUGCAGCCAGCUGUACCCAACUUUCCAGGCUUCUUUCCUCCAGCGGUCGGCUACGCCGGAUAUCCUUUCGUCGGUUAAGAUCACAGCUUCAAAUCGUCAAAACGAACUUCUAACCCAAACCAGCAUCUUUCACAGGAAUCAAUCAUUAUCGCUUUCUAUAUACUUAGAUCGAUCGUCUACUUUCUGUUUUACACUUAAAUCUCGAGAUUCUCGGAGAGUCGGCUGAUUAAUCGAACUGUAUUUGAGAUGACGACGAUCUUUUGGCACUUGGAGGCCAAUCUUCCUCUCGUUACAAAUAGAUAUCAAAUCUUACUUGGAGAUAUAUCCUUCCUAAUCCUUUGAAGUUGCUGUAAAUUAAAUUGAUACCCCGAACAAAGAGAUCGUUGAGAUGAAAUUAUUGCGAUAUAAUUGAAGACAACUUUUAUAUGUGUUAUUAGAUUUUAUUUAAAAACAAUUAAGUUAUUUGAUAUUUAUAAAAACCGUUAUGAAUUUUUAGUGCUGUUUAACCACUAUUUCUUAAAAGAGCUUUCAACUAAUAAUUAACAUAAGCUAUUCUGCUCUAUAUUUAACAAAG